ACAGAUAGUGGUUCAGGAGCCGGCAUCUACUCCGAACAACUGAACGCACAAAUUAGUGUACCUCUCGGCACCCACACGUCUGUCUUACAAACAGAACUGAUGGGAAUAAUGCUGGGAGCUAGAAUCAUUGCUGAACGUGAAAUCGGCAACAAAUCAAUACGCAUACUUACUGACAGCAAGUCUGCACUACUAGCCCUGGACAGCUGUAUGGUUCGAUCCGGGCUGGUUUGGGAGUGCAGACAAACGCUAAAGUAUGUAACGCAGAGGAAUAGUGUGGAACUUUGUUGGAUCAAAGGACACAGUGGCAACGAAGGAAACGAGAGGGCAGAUGAGAUGGCGAAGCGAGCCGCGCGCAUGCCCUUCUGGGGACCCGAACCGGCAAUCACGCCUUCGGUCGCCCUCUCGAACGAACUCGUAAAGCAAUAUACCCAGAGACGCCAUGAGCAGAUAUGGGUGAAGUUGAGCAGCUGUCGGCAUAGUAGAGCUUGGACAAACUGCGUAAACUGGUAGGAUUCCUUACGGGACAUUACCAGUUUAACAAACAUCUACAUACGAUAGGGGUAGUAACAGACCCAAUCUGUCGUGGAUGCAAUGAAGAAGAGGAAACA